AUGGCAACAAUAACAUCCACAACACAAACGGUGUCUACCGUGUCCCUAGAGGCGCGGAAUACAUCGACGGGCGGUCAAAGGCUGUCGCUUGCCAGGCCAGACACCGCGGCAAGUCGGACUUUCCCGUCGGUUUACUCCCGCUUCAGCAAAACACAGAAACGCUCGACGACUUACACCACGGCUAUUGGCGGGCUUUUAGCUUCCAUGUCCACGACCAGCGUCUUUGCUGCUGUUCCAGAGAUCACGUCUACUUUCGGCACGACACCAACAGCCAUCAACAUCAGCAAUGCCAUCUAUCUCGUCGUCAUGGGGUUGGCCGCCUGUUUCUGGGGCCCGUUGUCGGACGUCUUUGGGCGAAGAACGGCUUACAUUCUGAGUACCCUGCUGUUCUUCGCCUCUUCGAUUGGUACGGCACUGUCGCCGAGUCUGCCUGCCUUCUUCUUCUUCAGGUCAUUGACGGCCGCGCAAUCUACGGCGUUCCUCGUGCUUGCAUCGAGCUGCAUCUCUGAUGUUUUCCAUCCGACGGAACGCGCGACAGCCAUGGGAUGGUUCCUCCGAGGGGUCGCCUUUGGUCCCGCCUUUGGCCCCAUCCUCGGUGGCAUCAUCGUUACUUUCACUUCAUGGCGCGUUAUCUUUUGGGUGCAAUCUGGUCUAAGCGGCGUGGCCUUUCUGCUUCCUGGUGCCGCAGCGAAGAAAUUGUGGCAAUGGUCCAAUCCCUCGACCGUAUUUAAGCUUCUUGGUCAUGGAAACCUCUUCUGUGCGGUCUUCGCAUCUUCGGCCAUUGGGUUCAACAUGUACUCCCUCUUGACCCCGAUCCGUUACAUCCUCAACCCCAGGCUCGGGCUCACGACCCCCCUGCAGUCGGGUCUGAUCUACUUGGCCCCGGGAGCGGGCUAUCUAGUAGGCACAACACUCGGCGGCCGCUGGUCCGAUCACAAUGUCAAGUCGUGGAUGCAUCGACGCGGCUUCCGGUUGUGGGAGGACCGUCUACGCAGCACGCUCUUUUUCAUGCUCGGACUCUUACCGGGUUUCACACUCCUCUACGGCUGGGCGGUUCAGGAGGGCUGGGGCGGUAUCGCGUUGCCUGUCGUCUGCCUAUUCGGUCAGGGGGUGUGCCAGACCACGACAUUCCCGAGCUUGAAUGCAUACAUCCUCGACAUCAUGCAGGAUCAAAGUGGGAAAGCCUCAGCGAGUCAUUACAUGGUGAGAUACUGCUUCUCGGCGCUAGCAACGGCUACCGUCGUGCCCAUGAUCGACGCGAUUGGUGUCGGUUGGACUGUGAGUAUCUCGUCCGCCAUGGUGUUCUUCAGUGGAUGCCUCAUCCUGGUGGUCAUUCACUUUGGCGGGUCUUGGAGGGGCGCUGGCGCCGGCGCUGGGAGGAGCAUGGACAUGGCUAUGGGCACAGGUCGGGCUGGGGGCCAGCCAGUCUGA